AUCACGACGUCAAGCAUGUGAUGAAAAUGUUUAUGCUUACACUAACCUAGAAUAAAGACUUUUAGCUGAAAAUAUUAUGACUAUUCAAUAGAAAAUACGGAUAGGUACACUUAUUAUGUAAAACAAUUCUGAAGUGGGUAUUUCAUCAUUUCUUUGGAGGAUGUGUAAUUUGGGACAAACAUAAAACAAUGUGACUUCUGGUCAAUUCAACUUUUCAGAUCUAGUUCCAUCAUUCUGAGGAUAUAGCGAUCUGUGAUCACUUGAGAGAAAAUGGAAAAAUCGUGGGGAAUUGUUAUUUCUAUCUCAGCUUUUCUCAUUCAGUUCCUAAUGUUCGGUAUAUGCCUGUCCUUUGGCAUAUAUGUUAUAGAAUUACAAAAUGAAUUUGAUUCCGGCCUUUCAAUAAUUUCAUCUAUUGGCUCUGUACACUUUGGAUUUCAACUUUUUACAGGUCCAAUGGUCAGUUUUCUAAUGCGGAAGAUAUCUUACCGGAAGGUCUGUUUGCUGGGAUCCUUAAUAAGCAGCAUAGGACUAUCCGUUUUACCGUUCACUCCAAAUAUACCGUAUCUAAUCGCCUUCUUCGGCGUUCUAACAGGUAUUGGGUAUUCGUUACUUUACUUGUCUUCCCACACACUAUCCGGUCUGUGGUUUGACGACAACAGAAGUCUGGUUACAGGAAUCGUAACUGCCGGUUCCUCGCUAGGUGGCGUGGUGUUUCCACCUCUGGUUGAAAUUUUAAUCGAGGAAUAUGGAUGGAGAGGUUCCAUGUUUAUACUUGCAGCUUUGAAUUUACAAACAAUAUUACUCGCUGGUCUUUUACGGGAAUCGCCAAUACAACAUGCUUGGAAAAAAUCAAAGACCAAGAGCAUUAAAAAUAACCUCGCCGGCAGCACGGUAUAUACGAUCCCAGAAUCAAAUGGCAAUCAUAUUUGCACAAGAGAAACCACAUCUGAAAACACUACAAGAAAUCAUAAUGCCAAAACACUAACCAAUAUUGACAAAGGGAGUAAUCCUAAGAAGGGAAAUUUCACGGUGCUAAAGCUGUUUAGAAAUAUUCCGUAUGAUCUGUUUACGCUCAAUUGUCUCCUAUGGAAUGUUGGUGCAUCCGUACACCUACUUCUUGGUCCAGACUACUACACCAAAGUCGGUCGUAGUGUGUCUGAAGCUGCUAUUCUUUUAUCCGUGUCGCAAGGUGCAGCAUGUUUUGGAAGUGUCGUAGGUGGAGUUCUUGGUAAUUACCACAAUAUCAACAGGUGUGUGUUAUUCCUGUCCACAAAUUUGAUAUCAGGCCUAUGUUUGCUCGCCUAUCCGUUUCCGGUUUUGCACACGAUGGCGGGAUUUAUUGCUGUCAACUUACUGUAUGGAUUAAGUUUUGGAGUAUCACUCGGACUGUUAAUCAUUCUUGUAUCGGAUUUUGUUGGAAGUGAAUUGAUAGCUGACGGAAUGGGGUACCUGAUGUUACUAUGUGGAAUAGGAACUUUUCUCGGUCCACCCUUUGGAGGCUAUCUGGUACAAAUGACUGAGUCUGAUGACGCUGCCUUUUACUUCGGUGGGUCUGCGUAUUUGUUGAGUGCUUUGGUGUUGAUGGUCAUUCCCAUUAAAGACUGCCUCCGGCGAUCCAAGAAGUAUUCCGUAUCAAUUUCUGUCACCUAAGAAAGAAAUAAAAUUUUCAAAUAGUGUAUGAUAUAUA